AUGAAAGAAUCUACUGCGCGAUGUGAGGACGUAGCCGAUAAACUAGUGCGCUUGUUUGGAUGGAGACAGACAUAUCCUGUCCAGAAGCUCCAGAGGAGCAUUUUGCCACAGACUCCGGAAAAGGGUCCAGAAACAUGGGUUGGUGUAAGAGCUUUGCGUGCCAGUUCAGGCGGUAUCCUGGAUCCGGACGACCGAGUGCGCGAUGUUGCGGAUGAUCGAGAAACUCUUACUGCAGAGUGCACCAGUCAAGCGCCGCAGCCGCGCGCUGCGCAGGCAGAUGGCGCUAGCGGUUCAUCUGCUGGCACCGCCUCUCCUGAUAUGUUUAGGGGUGGUGGCGGCGUCGGGGGCAGCAUGAGGGUGCCAGAUACCGAUUCUUGUGUGGAGGUGGGUGCAGCUGAUCUUGAAGAUGGUGCCAACGGGUUACAAGUCAGAAGAGGCAGUGAACCUACCUUACACCAAGACACCUUACCACCUCAGAGACAAGUGUCAGAACAGACGAAGCGCUGGUCAGCUGCUGUGGUAUGUCGUGAUGACAACACCAGAGUCACGCAGAAGGUGCACCCUCUAGACGGGCGGCCGCCUGAUCCUCCAGCGCCAGAUAGACACGGCCACUCUGGACAGCACUUCCAAAGACAAUCCAACAGAUUGUCAAUGCAGUUUUCGGGACCUGGGAGCGGUAUAUGGUUGGAUGCAGCGGAACGGGUACAAAGUUAUGGCAGCAAAAGUCUUCCAAGAGACGCGCGGAGGGAGCCUCUUGGUCAGGAUACACCUGUCAACCAUCAGAACCACAGGGUAGAGGAUAUGCUGAGAUGGGUGUCCGGUGUCAACAACGUAGCAAGCGUGCAUCCUGUACAGGAACGUCCACUUGAUCUCUUACCAGAAGUGGGUAGCAGCGAGCGCGCGAUCUCGGAUGUGGAGGUGCCCGUGACGCCCAGCGCCAAGCACGCGCCCGCCGGCACCACCCACGUGUGCGUGGCGCUCGUCAAGGGCGAGAAGGGGCUCGGCUUCACCAUCACCACCAGGGACAACCCCACGGGCGGACACUGUCCCAUAUAUAUCAAGAAUAUUUUACCCAAAGGAGCAGCGGUGAUGGACGGUAGACUGCGCGCGGGUGACCGGCUUGUCUCCGUGAACAACGUGUCGGUGUCCGGCCUCACACAACAACAAGUUGUCACGUUAUUGCGGAACACGCCUACCGAUUCUACUGUCGAAAUUGUCGUCGAGAGACCGGCGCCUAAUAGGACACAGAGGGUAGAACCUCAACAAAGUCCAACUAAAUACGUAGAAAAGGCGAUCGGACCGCCGCCUCAUUCAAACCCAGUGGAGAAUAAAUCUUCAGAGAACGGUCGCGUGUCAAGUAUAGUGAACGCGAUCAAUCAGAACAGCGCGAAUAGUUCGAUGCGAGGGAGGAUACCGAAGAGUUCGUCCAAGGAUGAUCUGCUCAACAAAGAUCAGAGCACUGAUAGUGCGUCAGAUACGUUAAAUACUUCCACUAGUUCUUUCCUAGGUCUUCGAAAUCGACUUAUACUCAGGCUAGAUGUACCAGUGCACGACAGUGAGAAGGCCGGCCUUGGCAUCAGUGUCAAAGGCAAAGUCACGGUGGGACCCGACCCACAGGACUUGGGAAUCUUCAUCAAGAGUGUGCUGCAUGGCGGCGCUGCGUCUAGAGAUGGGAGAUUACACACAAACGACCAACUCUUGAGUGUGAACGGCGUAUCGCUCGCAGGACAGAGUAACGCAGAGGCUAUGGAAACAUUACGUAGAGCUUUAUUACACGCACCACCACAAAGAUCCGGUAGCAUAACGCUGACCAUUGCGAGGCGGACCGACAGCAUGGACAGCCUGGCGAGGUGGAAAGACGACACACCACCUAACGGCAAUGACACUACCAACUCGAACGACAACUCACAAAACUUUAACACUGUCAUAUACACAGCCGGUAAUGAAAAAGAGAAUAAACCUGUAGAUAAUUUCCCACCCAAGUAUGAUUCUAACCAAAACGAAGGCUUCGAUUCUCACGAUGGCCGAUCCAGUAAAAAACACGCAUCAAUAGUCACUAUAAAUAAUAAUACUAGCUGGGUUUCUAACCAAUCAGAUGACAGUAAAGGCUAUCUAGAAAGAGAAAAAGACGCUAUUCCUCAUGAUAACAAGCGAGACAGCUUUGAGUGGAGUCGUUUAGAUGGAUGGAAUCCUGUGAUAGAUCGGCUAACGGGCUUGAGGAACGAGAGUUAUUAUAUGGCGACUCAGACUGAUGCACCGGUAACCAAUGGACAUCACUAUAGGCAUAAUUUAGGUCAUGUGCACAUGUCGCGGUCACCGCCAGCACAUCAUAAUGUUAUUAUUGAAGAAGAUUAUGGUACUACGAGGGGUAGCGGCAGUGGUUGCGGUGGGGAGUCUGGCAGCGAGUGCGGGGGCGCAGGGUUCACCCGAGACGCGGUGGGCCGACGGUCCAUGUCUGAGAAGCGCCACGCCGCUCUCGAUGCUAAGCACACCGGUACCUACAAGAAGAUUAAGGAGAUCAAAGCAGUUAACGCAAUGCAAGUGGGACCUUCACUGGGAAUGCGAAAGUCUUCAAGUUUAGAAUCACUACAAACGGCCAUACAAGAAAACCAAAGGAAUCCGCGUAACGAACCUAUUUAUGCGCGUGCGCACCCACCGUUAAAGCACUGGUUGACGGACGACAACAAUGGGCCGGACAUAAUAAGGGGCUCGCCACAACAAUCCUCACUGUCGCACAAAAAACCCUCUAUAUUAAAGUCAUUAUCAACUAUGUUUAGAAUAGGCAAGCCACACAAGAAAACAGAAGGCGAUAUAUACGGAAGAUCACAACCUGGGAGAUCCUCAGAAAAGUCGUUAUCAAGAGAAGCGCUAGAGAGGCAUAGCAGAAUAGACGAGAGGGAGAAAAGUGAAGAGAACCAAACACAGCCGCAAAGAUCGGAGGCGGCGCACUCGCGGCAGGGCAGCAGCAGCAGCCUCGCCAAGGAGCGGCGCGCGCCGCCGUACCGCGCGCCGCCGCCGCAGCACCACCAGCAGCAAGCUAUGGACAGUGCGUGGGGUCCUACAGGUCACUAUGUCAACUAUGAAGAAAUACAACAAAAUUUAAACGCGCGUCGCGAGAAGUUGAGCGAAGUACAGAUAGGACAAAUGAGGCGCCAGGUCAGCGCGCAGAGAGCUAAAGCUGAGGAGGAGAGUCGUCGGGCAGGCGCGGGUGGCUUCCACUCACAGCGCUCCUGUAGGGAGGGAGGCAUUCGACCACAGUCUAACUACUACGAGUACGAAACUGCCCCGCCCAGGAGGCCUGGCAAACUCUCGCACUACCACUGA